CAAUGACUAGAGUGAGAUUGGACUUCUUGGACCAACUAGCCAAAUUUUGGGAACUUCAAGGGUCUACUCUGAAAAUCCCUAUAGUGGAGAGAAAGAUUCUGGAUCUGUAUGCCUUGAGCAAGAUCGUUGCCAGCAAAGGAGGUUUUGAAAUGGUCACCAAAGAGAAGAAAUGGUCUAAAGUGGGCAGCCGUUUGGGAUAUCUGCCAGGAAAAGGAACUGGGUCUCUUUUGAAGUCACACUAUGAAAGAAUUCUCUACCCAUAUGAGCUUUUCCAAUCUGGUGUCAGCCUUAUGGGUGUACAAAUGCCCAAUUUAGAUCUUAAGGAAAAAGUGGAGCCUGAGGUUCUUGGCACUGAUAUCCAAGCUCCCCCAGAGCCGGGUACAAGAAUGAACAUUCUGCCGAAGAGAACAAGACGUGUCAAGUCUCAGUCAGAAUCUGGAGACAUGAAUAGAAACACGGAGCUGAAGAAACUUCAGAUUUUUGGGGCUGGACCCAAGGUUGUGGGCUUGGCAAUGGGAGCAAAAGAUAGAGAAGAUGAGAUGACCCGGAGGCGAAAAGUUACCAGCCGGUCAGAUGCAUUUAAUAUGCAAAUGAGGCAACGGAAAGGAACUCUCUCUGUUAACUUUGUUGAUCUCUAUGUUUGUAUGUUUUGUGGCCGAGGAAACAAUGAGGAUAAAUUGCUUUUAUGUGAUGGAUGUGACGACAGCUAUCAUACAUUUUGUCUCAUUCCCCCACUGCCGGAUGUACCCAAAGGGGACUGGAGGUGCCCUAAAUGUGUUGCUGAGGAAUGUAACAAACCCCGAGAAGCCUUUGGAUUUGAACAAGCUGUACGAGAGUAUACCCUGCAGAGCUUCGGAGAAAUGGCAGAUAAUUUUAAGUCUGAUUAUUUUAAUAUGCCAGUCCAUAUGGUUCCCACAGAAUUAGUAGAAAAAGAAUUUUGGCGGCUGGUGAGCAGCAUUGAAGAAGAUGUUAUUGUAGAGUAUGGGGCUGACAUCUCCUCAAAAGAUUUUGGAAGUGGAUUUCCUGUAAAGGAUGGUCGGAGAAAGAUGCUGCCAGAAGAAGAGGAAUAUGCACUUUCUGGUUGGAACUUGAAUAACAUGCCUGUCCUGGAGCAGUCUGUUCUUGCACAUAUCAACGUGGACAUCUCUGGGAUGAAGGUGCCGUGGCUCUAUGUAGGAAUGUGUUUCUCUUCUUUUUGCUGGCACAUUGAAGAUCACUGGAGUUAUUCCAUCAACUACCUGCACUGGGGGGAGCCAAAGACAUGGUAUGGUGUACCAUCUCAUGCUGCAGAACAACUGGAGGAGGUGAUGAGGGAGCUGGCUCCAGAGCUAUUUGAAUCUCAGCCUGAUCUUCUACAUCAAUUAGUCACCAUUAUGAACCCUAAUGUGUUAAUGGAGCAUGGUGUGCCUGUAUACAGGACCAAUCAGUGUGCUGGCGAGUUUGUUGUGACGUUUCCCCGUGCCUAUCACUCUGGAUUUAACCAGGGCUACAACUUCGCUGAAGCCGUGAACUUCUGUACUGCUGACUGGUUGCCCAUUGGACGUCAGUGUGUAAAUCAUUACCGAAGGCUAAGGCGUCAUUGCGUCUUUUCGCACGAGGAGCUCAUCUUUAAGAUGGCAGCAGAUCCAGACUGUUUAGAUGUAGGGCUGGCGGCCGUGGUCUGCAAAGAGCUGACUCUGAUGACUGAAGAAGAGAAGCGGUUGAGGGAGUCUGUUGUACAGAUGGGUGUUGUGAUGUCUGAAGAAGAAGUAUUUGAGCUUGUUCCUGAUGAUGAGCGGCAGUGCUUAGCAUGCAGAACCACGUGCUUUCUCUCUGCCCUUACGUGUUCCUGUAAUCCUGAGCGACUUGUGUGUCUCCACCACCCAGCUGACUUGUGUCCCUGCCCCAUGCAGAAGAAAUGUUUGAGAUACCGCUACCCGUUAGAAGAUCUCCCUUCUCUCCUCUAUGGUGUGAAAGUCAGGGCACAGUCUUAUGACACUUGGGCCAGUCGGGUUACAGAAGCACUAUCUGCUAGUUUCAACCACAAGAAAGAUUUGAUUGAAUUGAGAGUGAUGUUGGAAGAUGCUGAGGAUAGGAAAUAUCCAGAGAAUGAUCUAUUUCGAAAACUCAGGGAUGCUGUAAAAGAAGCUGAGACCUGUGCUUCUGUGGCUCAGCUGCUUCUGAGCAAAAAGCAGAAACACAAGCAGAGCCCAGAGUGUGGGAGAACUCGGACCAAAUUGACAGUGGAGGAAUUGAAGGCCUUUGUCCAACAACUCUUUAGUCUUCCGUGUGUCAUCAGCCAAGCUAGACAAGUAAAGAAUUUGCUGGAUGAUGUGGAAGAAUUUCAUGAACGUGCUCAGGAGGCAAUGAUGGAUGAAACUCCAGAUUCUUCCAAGCUCCAGAUGCUAAUAGACAUGGGCUCUAGUCUGUAUGUGGAACUGCCUGAAUUACCCCGACUAAAGCAAGAGCUACAGCAGGCCCGAUGGUUGGAUGAAGUAAGACUGACCCUGUCUGAUCCACAGCAAGUCACUUUAGAGGUCAUGAAGAAGUUGAUUGAUUCUGGGGUGGGCUUGGCGCCCCACCAUGCUGUGGAGAAAGCAAUGGCUGAGCUGCAGGAGCUCCUUACAGUGUCGGAACGAUGGGAAGAAAAGGCUAAGGUCUGCUUACAGGCAAGGCCACGGCACAGUGUGGCAAGUUUAGAGAGCAUUGUAAACGAAGCUAAGAACAUUCCAGCCUUUCUGCCCAAUGUGUUAUCCCUGAAAGAAGCCUUGCAAAAGGCACGAGAAUGGACAGCUAAAGUGGAAGCUAUUCAGAGCGGCAGCAGCUAUGCUUCCUUGGGACAGCUCGAGAGUCUGUCUGCUAAAGGGCGCCCUCUCCCCGUGCGUCUGGACGCACUGCCCCAGGUGGAGUCGCAGGUCGCCGCUGCGCGAGCAUGGAGAGAACGGACAGGGCGGACCUUCCUGAAGAAGAAUUCCAGCCAUACGUUGUUGCAGGUGCUAAGUCCCCGGACUGACAUUGGAAUAUACGGAAACGGUAAAAACAGAAGGAAAAAGGUCAAAGAACUGAUAGAAAAAGGAAAGGAUCUGGACCUCGAGCCCCUGAGUGAUCUGGAGGAAGGACUGGAGGAAACCAGAGACACGGCCAUGGUGGUGGCCGUUUUCAAAGAACGGGAGCAAAAAGAAAUUGAAGCCAUGCAUUCCCUCAGAGCAGCCAACCUAGCCAAGAUGACCAUGGUGGACCGUAUAGAAGAAGUGAAAUUUUGCAUUUGCCGCAAGACAGCCAGUGGGUUCAUGCUGCAGUGUGAGCUCUGCAAAGACUGGUUCCAUAACAGCUGUGUCCCCCUUCCUAAAUCAAGUUCCCAGAAAAGAGGGUCUCACUGGCAAGCUAAAGACGUCAAGUUCCUUUGCCCUCUCUGUAUGCGAUCUCGAAGGCCCAGGCUAGAGACCAUUCUGUCACUCCUGGUGUCUCUUCAGAAGUUACCUGUACGGCUGCCUGAAGGAGAAGCGCUGCAGUGCUUGACGGAACGGGCCAUGAGCUGGCAGGAUAGAGCCCGCCAGGCCCUGGCUACAGACGAACUGUCCUCUGCCUUGGCCAGACUGUCUGUGUUGAGCCAGCGGAUGGUGGAGCAGGCAGCUCGAGAGAAAACGGAAAAGAUCAUCAGUGCAGAACUCCAAAAAGCAGCUGCCAAUCCUGACUUACAGGGACACUUACCUAGUUUCCAACAGUCUGCUUUUCACCGGGCGGUGAGCAGCAGUGUGUCCUCCUCCCCUCGACACACUGCGGACUACGACGAUGAAGAAACCGACUCUGAUGAAGACAUUCGGGAGACCUAUGGCUAUGACACGAAGGACACAGCCAGUGUAAAAUCCUCUAGUAGUCUAGAACCCAAUCUUUUUUGUGAUGAAGAGAUUCCCAUCAAGUCUGAGGAAGUGGUAACUCACAUGUGGACAGCACCUUCAUUCUGUGCCGAGCAUGCAUAUUCAUCUGCUUCAAAGAGUUGUUCUCAAGGUUCUAGCACUCCAAGGAAGCAGCCUCGAAAGAGCCCUUUGGUGCCCCGCAGUCUGGAACCCCCGGGGUUGGAGUUAACCCCUGGAGCGAAAGCCCAGCUGGAGGAGCUGAUGAUGGUCGGAGAUCUCCUUGAAGUAUCUCUAGAUGAGACUCAACACAUAUGGCGGAUUCUGCAGGCCACGCACCCACCCUCUGAGGACAGAUUCCUGCAUAUAAUGGAGGACGAUAGCAUGGAGGAGAAACCAUUGAAAAUAAAGGGGAAAGACUCUUCAGAGAGGAAACGGAAACGCAAACUAGAGAAGACAGAACAGCUUUUUGGAGAAGGGAAGCAGAAGUCCAAGGAGUCAAAGAAAAUGGAUAAGCCUAAAAAGAAGAAACUAAAACUAAGUGCUGAGAAGUCAAAGGAACUAAACAAACUGGCGAAGAAACUAGCAAAAGAAGAGGAGAGAAAGAAAAAGAAGGAGAAGGCUGCUGCAGCUAAAGCAGAACUUGUGAAAGAGAACACCGAGAAGAAGAGAGAGAGGAAAGUCCUGGAUAUCCCCUCCAAGUACGACUGGUCCGGAGCAGAAGAAUCUGACGACGAGAAUGCAGUGUGUGCAGCACAGAACUGCCAGAGGCCCUGCAAGGACAAGGUAGACUGGGUACAAUGUGAUGGUGGCUGUGAUGAGUGGUUUCAUCAAGUUUGUGUGGGUGUGUCUCCGGAAAUGGCGGAAAAUGAAGACUACAUCUGUAUAAACUGUGAAAAGAAACAGGGGCCAGAUAGCCCAGGUCAAGCCCCCCCUCCUUCCUUCAUAAUGGGCUACAAACUACCAGUGGAGGAUCUUAAGGAGAAUAGUUAGCACAUGCUUGGUUAGUUUGGGACAUGAGGGAAAAUGGACCACAUUGAAACCUUAGACACCAGGAGCGGUUAGAACCACUCAGAAUGUUGCUUCCAAAGACAAAUGGCCUUCAGAGAAAGUCCUCUUAGUAGUGCUGGCUUCCUCUGUGCAUGGACUGCACGAGCGACAUCCUCGAUCAACACUACUCUGUAGGGGAUGUCUUCUUUGGUACUGCAGCCAGUAUUUCAAUCCAGAUGUUCCUCUGAGUAUAGUCUGCUGCACUCAAGUCACGCGCUUGACUGGGUGACUGGUUACCUUUAGUGUACUAAAGGAGGGCGAGAACAGGAUGGGCAGGAUGUGUCGUGUGGCCAGUUGAUAGUAGCCAGAGGCUUACAAUCCAGGGUCAACCUCGGCAAGUAUUGUGCUGAUUGUUUGGAUCUCCUUAGUUGAGGUAGUUGGACAGGAGUCAGGAUACUUUGUUGCCACGAUUACUGGGCACCUAAUGUCUUAUGUUAUAAUUAGGAGCAACAAGACUGAAGUUAAUCUUGUUAGGAAUUAUGAGAUAAUAGCACAGUCAGUAGACCUCAGCUACGUGUGCUUGUUUGUACCAAGAAGAAAACUCCAAAUGAGAAUCUCUCUUCCUAAGGAGAAAAAGCUGUGAACUACGUUAAAAAAAAAAAUCUGACUAAAUUGGGUUUUGGGAAGAAGAGCUUUUAUUUCAAAACAAGGAGCCAUUUUUGGCAUUGAGAAGUCGGCUGUUUUGGGGUGUACAAGUUGAAGAAGAGCAGCUACCUGGAUCCAGGCUUCUGCAAAAGAAAAGAAGGACAAGUCAGAAUGUUUCAUUGAGCCACAGCAAAGCAUGCUUUUCAGGGAAACCGUCAUCCAUAAGUAUUCAGACAGCACCGGCUUCAGGUGUAACCAUGAGCAAGACCAGCAAGUAACAGCUUUUGCCUUGCAGCCCUGACCCCACUGACUGCUGUCCCCUGCACUGGCAAUUUCUGAGUGUAGCCCAUGAGCAACACUGUGCUGUAGAGCCAUCCAUGGCUUCAUCCGAGGAUGUGGGGUUGGAGGCCCCCUGGAGAAGAGGUUUUAGUAAAUCCAUUUAAAAAAAAAAGGACUUGUUUUUACUUUUUUCUACAUGUCUCCAACUACUGACUGUUCUAUAAAUAGAUUAUUUUUCCUUUUUUAAUAUACAUAUAUGAAUAUAUAAAUAUAUAUAUAUAUAUUUACUGUUACCAGCAACAUAAGACAAGAGUCGUAAAAUCAGUUUGGGGCUUUUCUUUUUUGCUUUUGAGUAAAUAAAUCCCAUUCCUUCCUUGUAGCACAAGGAGUUAGCACUCCCGUCUCCAUUCUAGCUUGACCAGAUCUUCUACCUUGCUUUUGUUUAAAUAGAUCCCCAGACUCCCUUUAUGUGUUGGGAUUUGUCCCUAUUUGUCAGGAGACUUGGCAUGACUCUAGUCUGUGCUGACUGUUCUGUUCUGUUAGUGUGCUUUUUAUGUGACUGUUUGGAACUAUGGUGCUGUGUCUUCUUCCCUUGCAUUGUGUCUUCUGUUCUCAUUAAGGUAUUAGGUAAGCUGUAUGUAAACUCUUGAUUAGAAUAGCUUCUUGUUGAGUUUAUCUUCUGACAUUUUAAAAUAUAAGUAUCAUUUAACUGAUACUGUGAGGUUUUCAGUUUUAUUUAAAAGCUACGAAGAUCCUUAAAAAAAGCAGGACAAAAACAAAAACCCUGAAAAUAGUGUUUUGUCUUCAGUAUCCUGUGUCCCAUGAUUUUGGUAUAUAAAUCUAAGGUUUUACUGAAAUUCAUCAGUUUUCCAUUU